GGCUACUGCAGCGGAUCUCUCAUGGUUGGGACGUCGUGGGUGGCUUCAGUUCCUCCGGCUCAACCGUCAGUCUCAAGUUGCGUUCACGGCGGAAGUUGGGGGGAUUAAGGUGGGUUCGUUGUUUGCUCGGUGGUUAGCUGCAGAUCCGUAGGAUCUUAGAGGGCGGUUGUGGAUGUCGGGUGUAAGGGUUUUGGAUUUGAGCCACCAUCCUUUAGAUCCGCCACAACUUAGUAUCCAUCGAGCCGGAUUGAUUCGUCAAAGCUCAGGGAUCUUGGUUUGUUUUUCCGGUCUGGAAGAGAGGGGUUUCCGUCCAGUGUGUCGGAUUGCUUCUUCAGGAUCUGAUGCCGUCGAUGUGCUUAGUCGGAGUGACUAGCUUUCCGGGAGACUUGUGGUGGGCUGGUUCGUCGGAGGCAUGUAAUGGAUGGCGGAAACCGGUCUCUUUCGCCGAAAUUUCACGGUCUUCGGUUGUAGCCACAAAACUGUGGGUCUUGAGCCCGCCGGAUUUCAGGUUCCGGUUGCUCUGCGGGCAUCUAUCAACAAACGGCGAACCUCUUUUGUUUUUCCGGUGAAUUGCCGAUUUCCUUUUUUGUAACUGGAUUGGACUUUUGUAGAUUCGGCCCAAGCCCAUUUGG